UUAAGACCCGUCACAAGGAAGCAGCGACAGCUCCGACGAAGGCCAAAGUGACAGCGGAAACUGUCAGCUAGAUUAUUUUCAAGGACUUUUUCAUCGGUUACAUGCUUCAUUUUGAGAACGACGUGUGGCCGGCAUCUCUUGCAAAUCCUGGUGACAUCCUGGAAGAACCGCGGAUAUCAACGCGGCGAGGAUGCUUCGUCACCGGCGGCAAGUGUGAAGAGAUGGCGGGGGAACCGCCGGCGGGCACCGGCCGAGUGCUUCUUGUCAAGAAGAUCAUCAUGAAGGACGGAGCCGCGCUUCAGCAGGGCAUAGGCCGCCCCAGCGUGUACCAUGCCGUUGUGGUCAUCUUCCUGGAGUUCUUCGCCUGGGGUUUGCUGACCACACCCAUGCUCACGGUGUUACAUGAAACGUUUCCGCAGCACACGUUCCUGAUGAAUGGACUCAUUCAAGGAGUGAAGGGUCUUCUGUCGUUCAUGUCUGCCCCUCUGAUUGGUGCGUUGUCGGACGUGUGGGGGAGGCGCUCAUUCCUUUUGGUCACCGUCUUCUUCACCUGCGCCCCAAUCCCCCUCAUGAGACUCAGCCCCUGGUGGUACUUCGCCAUGAUCUCCAUGUCAGGAGCGUUCUCGGUCACCUUCUCUGUCAUCUUUGCCUACGUUGCAGAUGUGACAGAUGAAAGGGAGAGGAGUACAGCUUAUGGUCUGGUGUCUGCCACGUUCGCCGCCAGCCUGGUGACCAGCCCGGCCAUCGGGGCGUAUUUGUCCGCAUGGUAUGGAGACAACCUGGUGGUUCUGGUCGCUACGCUGAUCGCCCUGGUGGACAUCUGCUUCAUCCUGCUCGCCGUGCCCGAGUCUCUGCCGGACAAGAUGAGGCUCAACACCUGGGGGGCGCCCAUAUCCUGGGAGCAAGCCGAUCCCUUCGCUUCUCUGAGGAAGGUGGGUCAGGACCCCACAGUCCUACUCAUUUGUAUCACGGUGUUCCUGUCAUACUUACCAGAGGCGGGACAGUACUCCAGCUUCUUCCUCUACCUGCGACAGGUCGUCAAUUUCUCCUCGACAACAAUUGCUGUUUUUAUUGGAGUUGUCGGAAUCCUGUCCAUUGUGGCACAGACGCUUGUACUCACACUGCUGAUGCGGACUCUGGGUAAUAAAAACACAGUUCUGUUGGGUCUGGGCUUCCAGAUUCUUCAGCUGGCCUGGUAUGGCUUUGGAUCCGAGCCUUGGAUGAUGUGGGCAGCCGGCGCCGUCGCCGCCAUGUCCUCCAUCACCUUCCCUGCGGUCUCAGCUCUGGUGUCGCAGUCUGCCGAUCCUGAUAAACAAGGUGUGGCUCAGGGAAUGAUCACGGGGAUCAGAGGUCUGUGCAAUGGUUUAGGUCCAGCGCUGUAUGGAUUCAUCUUCUUCCUCUUCAAUGUGGAGCUGAACACCAUGGACCCCAUCCAGGGAGACUUUGACCCCUUGCCUCUUCACAGUCCCACUGAGCAAACGCUCAUCCCCGGCCCACCUUUCCUUUUGGGGGCAUGUACGGUGGUCGUCGCCUUCCUCGUUGCUCUCUUCAUCCCGGAGAAGCCCUCCUCCGCCUCUUCGUCAUCUCAGCUGCCGCUGAGUGACAAGCCGCGGCCAGCGAGCAAAGAGUCGCUGUCCUCGCUGGCGGGCAUCCAUAUUAACACACCUCUCCCAGGCAGCGACGAAGAAACUCCCGCCGCCACCAGCGAUGAAGAUUUUGAGCCCCUGCUGCAGGACAGUAUUGUUUGACGGACCAGGGGAAAGACCACCGCGUGUGGGACUAAACGUUGUCAUUUGGUCGAUUGGCAUUUUGUUUAAAAGAAGAACACGUUUCCAUUGCUGUCGGGUGAGUAAAAGUACAGUACCUCGUAUUGUCUGACGUUUGACAGUAAGACGCAUUGAUGCUUCGCCAGAGGGCUCGGAACAGCAUUUCGCCGCUCGCUGAGCGGCAGAACCAGCGGUUGCUUUCACAGAGCGGCGGGUGCAAAAGUGCUCCGCACGCGCGAAGCUGGCGUUUCACCGAAAUCAAGUGUUUGGUUGAGAAAAGGAGGUUGUGACCAAAAUGGACCGCGCUGAUAAGGACACCAGCAUUUGAUUCGAUUGAAAGGGGAAACGUCGAUAUUUUAGUCACGUUUCUGGUGAUUUUUAGGGUGGGAUGAUUGUUGUUUAUCUUGAUGCUUAUAGUAGAAGAUUUUUUUUUUUUUUGGGGGGGGGAAAUUAUCAUAUUCAGCUGUAUCUUUUUAAAGCUGAAUUAUACCGAUGCUAGUCUUUUUUUUUUUUAAUGGGAACUGUAUGUCUGCAACAUAUUUAAAGCUGCUAAAGUUUUGGUGUUGAUUUGUAAAUUUCUACUCGGUAAGGAAAAAACAAGACACGAGAAGCUAUAAUAUACCGGAAGGUGAUUGAGCCAAAUCAUAAAAUCUUGCAUUUUCCAUUCCAUCAAUCCAUCCUUUCAUCUUCUUCCCCUGGUCUGAGCUUUGGGUCAACGGGGCAGCUGCCUAAGCACUGAAGCUCAAACUUCCUUGUCCCCAUCCACUUGGUCCAUCUCUUCCAGGGCAGCUGAGAGACACUCUCUCUCCAGCAUGUCCUGGAUUCCCCGCCAUCUCCUCCUGGUUGUCCUCCCAUGGAACACGUCCAGGAGGCAUCCCGACGAGAUGGCUCGCAUUUUUUUUAAUCGACCAUACGGCACAUGUCUGGAGGGUAGAAAAUAUUGAAAAGGUAACAAAAUUUUCAUUUGGGAAAUCACAGAGCGUCUGCUUGUCCUUGAAGUCCGUUUCCAUGUUGGGGACACUACCUCAGACCACACUCAACCUGUUUACUCAUUACUUAUUAGAUCUGUUUUAGAAUAUAUUUAAAAUUGAAAUCUGAAAGUACUUUUGAGUAUUUGAAAAGGACCGUAACAUUAUUUUUGCAUACAUUCUGGUGCUAGUUCAAUAUAAGAUGGCAUAUUCUGAACGUGAGACGCCGACUCAUUAAAUAUAUACCUUGUUCCAAAUAUGUAUUCUCAACAUUGCACCAAUUUUGUCAUCAUCGGUGAAUGUGCUCCCACUUCUUCCUUUUUACUCACCACACAACCAUCAAUUUGUUUUGCACAGAAGCAAUGUCUUUGUCACUUUGCAACUGAGUGCAUCUUUACAAUGCAAGGUUGGUAUCAUGUUUGUACUUGAUGAAAACUAGAGAAAAGACUGACCAAGGAAUGUCCAAGAGUUUAACUGUAGAUAAGAGGCACAGUGUACAGAAAUGUUUGCUUUACGACCGAAAAUUGUAACUGAACAUGCGAAUGAUUGGGUCGUUGAAAUUGUUAUGAUGAGGAUUUGGUGUCCUGUGUAACUCACUGACACAAUAUGAACGGGGACUAAACUCUGGCACGCUGAGAGAUGAACAAUAUUAUCGGAAAUCCAUAAUUUGAAGACAGGAUUUUUAGUUAAGAAACUAAUAUUUGAGCAGGGGUGGGGGGGGGGGCGUUUCCCAGAACUCAUUGAGUCAAUACUCAACUGGCUCAUACUAAAAUAGUCAUGUUUUCACCAUCAACACGCUUUGAAAGACACUCACUUUACAAUUGGAAUAAACUGCCACCAAGACAACAAUAUUUCAGCAUAUCAUACAUACAGCGUGGCAUCCAAAAAUUGUUGUUUAUGUUUUUGUUUUUUUGUUUUUCUCAAAAUUUCCAAACUCAUAUCACAAGUAUCGAUGCAAAUCUACACCGUGUCAUUUGAUUGUUAACCACUUUAAUGAGAGUUCUUCAGCGGUCAAAGUGUCCCAACACUGAAAUACUGUACAUGGAUUUAAAUGUUUGUGAUUAACUGUACAUGGAAUUCACUGUAAAUAAAAUGUGUGUUCUGAAUGUGUUCAGCCAUAUUGUUGAUCACGUGAUAAUUAAAACAUAAUUUGACACCA